AUAAAAUCAGGCACGUUAACCACUGUGUUGUGUGGAAAAGGCUUACAAUAAAGCAGGGAGUCCCCCACAAACGCUCUCCAAGUCCAUCCAACUCUACACAUCGUCUUGCACCUCCGUCUCGUCUCCACCAUCUCGUCUCAAGCUUUUGCAAGUCGCCAUGGGCGUGAGCAACAACAUCACGGCCUUGUUCAACUUCGUGGGCCUGCUGUGCUCCGUGCCCGUGAUCGGCGCGGGCAUUUGGCUGGCCUCCAAACAGGACAACGAGUGCGUCCGCCUCGCCCGGUGGCCCGUCAUCAUCCUCGGCGUGCUCGUCAUGCUCGUCUCCCUUGCCGGCUUCGUCGGCGCCUACUGGAACAAGCAGGGCCUGCUCGCCGCCUACCUCUUCUGCAUGGCCGCCCUCAUCGUCCUCCUCCUCGCCCUCCUCAUCUUCGCCUUCGCCGUCACUCGCCCCGACGGCUCCUACCCGGUCCCCGGCCGCGCCUACCGCGAGUACCGCCUCGGCGGCUUCUCCGUUUGGCUCCGCCAUUACGUCGCCGACCAAUGGCCUCAGAUCCGCACCUGUCUCAGCUCUUCCGAUGUUUGCCAGAAAUUUGGCAGGAAUCAGCCCUACCUCACCGCCUAUCAGUUCUUUCGGACCGACCUCACACCUCUCCAGUCAGGAUGCUGUAAACCACCGACGGUGUGUGGAUAUGGGUACGUGAACCCGACAAUGUGGAACAAUCCCAGUAACCCCAUGGCGGACGUGGACUGCGCUAUCUGGAGCAACGACCAGAGCCAGCUCUGCUACGACUGCAGCUCGUGCGAGGCCGGGCUGCUGGGCAACCUGCGGAAGGAAUGGCGCAAGGCCAAUGUCGCGCUCAUCAUCGCCGCCGUCGUGCUCAUCUGGGUCUACAUCAUCGGCUGCAGCGCUUUCAAGAAUGCGCAGGCCCAGGAUCUCUUCCGCCGCUACAAGCAGGGCUUCGUCUGACUUAUUCCGUCGUUGACGGCCGCAUUGCUUCAAGUUCCGCCGCUCUGUCAUCAGUUCCCCAUCUCACUGUAAAUUUGUAGCAAGUGCAUUGCGACUCGUAUGAAGUUGGACGGUAUCCUCUUUCGUGUUAAA